AUGUUGUUGCUAUUUUCAGCACGAAUAAGCCGUUGGAAUGGAGAGUUGAAACGACAGAAAAGGUCAUCAUCGUCAUCACAAGCGCAGCAGCAUCGACAGCAAAAUUCUACGAGGAAGGCCAUCGCUCGUGGUAGUACGGCCACCUCCCUCGUCAUCACAUCACAAAGCCAGCAAUCUUCGUCAAAUGCUCCUGCAACAGUCAAACAAUCAACGCAUAAACGACGUCUUAACACGACAUUAGCGAAUCGUGCUAAUAAUAAUAAGAAGAAGAGUGCUUAUAAUAGUAAUAGCAAUAAUAAUAAUAAUACGAACGAGGAUACAUCUACACAGUUACAGUUGACAUCAACAACGACAACAUUCAAUAACACAAACAAUACAUCUUAUCCAGUUGGGAUUAAUCGAACAACUGGUGACUGCAUUAGUAAUAACAUUAACGAUAUCAGCAGUGAUAAUCAUAUCAGCCAUAUUAGUGAAUCUAAUACCAAAUUGGUAUACUUGAAUAACAACAGUACCAUUGCAUCACGAGGAGGUAUCACUGAAUGGAAUGCCAGCAUAAAUAUCAUUCCCGCACAAGAACAGCCAGCAAACCUUUCUUCGAGGGUGCAAGCCACUGACGGAGUUAUGGUCAGUGACCUCGAGCAAAUGAUGCGAAUGCCAAAUCAACUGCAGCAAAAUCGCUGUCAGAACUAUCAGAAUCAGAAUUGCCAAUCGAUGCCUCGUUAUCUGCCUUCUGCCAUCAGCAAAAACAGCGACAAAUUAAACAAUAACCCGCAACUUCCCGUACCGCCUACUUCAUCGACUUCUGGAGCAGUUUCUUUCGAAGGCGCUAUUGGCGUAUAUGAGACGACUUGUGUAUCUGCAGCUAACGAUGGCAUACGGUAUGUUUUGCUUGAUGUUUUGCGCUUCUGA